CUCAUAAGCAUUUCAUCAAACACCUUCCGUGCGUAAAACCCCCACACAAAAAACACACUACACAAGUCAAGCAUUUCAUCAAACACCUUCAGUGUAUGAACACAAAUAACAAAAAGAUUGAUUUGUCGUUAGCAAAGGUUCCAUUUUCCGGCUUUUUUCUUCAUGGAUACAGAUCAAGGUGUUUGAAUUUGACUAUUAUUAGUCAAGAUUCAAUCUUUUUGUUGACCCAUCAUGUCUUAUGCCAAUACAAGAUCAGUAAGGUUUCAAGAGGAUGUUGAACAACAACCAAAGUUCCAACCCAUCAAUGGGGACAGUUUAUUCAAGGUUAAAUACAACAUUGAUGGAAAACAAAUACCCGAAUCAAGAAAACCCGAUAACCGACCCGUAAAACACCAACCCGGACCCUCGUUAAAGUCCAAAGUGUUAUCACGAGUAUUCUCCGAAGAUUACGAACGAGUGAAAAAGAAAAUCUUGGAUCCUAGAGGCCUAACCAUAAGAAAAUGGAACAAGAUAUUUUUAGUAGCGUGUUUGGUUUCGUUGUUUGUAGACCCUUUGUUUUUUUACUUGCCGUCGAUUAGAGAAAACGUUUGUAUCGAUAUGGGUUCGACACUUAAAGUCAGUUUGACGGUUAUGCGAUCGAUAGCCGAUGUGUUUUACAUGAUUCAGAUAUAUGUUAAGUUCAUGACCGCUUAUGUCGCGCCAUCAUCUCGUGUUUUUGGAAGAGGUGAGCUUGUUAUCAACUCUGCCAAGAUUGCAAAACGAUACAUUAAAGGUGAUCUUUGGAUCGAUUUUGGCGCUGCAUUACCGCUUCCUCAGCUGCUAAUAUGGAUAAUCAUACCGAGUUUGAGCGGUUCAGCGAUGACCAACACGAAGAACGUUCUUCGGUUCAUCAUCAUCCUUCAAUACAUCCCGAGGCUAUACCUUAUCUUUCCGCUUACAACACAAAUAGUCGAAGCUACAGGUGUUGUUACAGAAACAGCAUGGGCCGGUGCAGCUUAUAACUUGAUGCUUUACAUGCUGGCAAGCCAUUUUGUAGGAGCUGCUUGGUAUCUUUUAUCGAUUGAACGGCAAGAAUCGUGUUGGAGAAGCAUAUGUCGGGUCGAGAAUCUAGAGUGUGUAGACGAUUUUUUCGACUGUCAAAGAGUUAAUGAAUCUGCUAGAAGCGAAUGGUUUCGAACGAGUAAUGUAACGACUCAUUGUGUCUCGAGUAGUGGGUUUUAUCCGUUCGGUAUCUAUGGGGAAUCGUUGGAAUCGGAAGUUACUUCGGCAUCGUUCUUCAAUAAGUACUUCUAUUGUCUUUGGUUCGGGUUGAAGAAUCUCAGUUCUCUAGGGCAAAAUCUGUCAACGAGCACUUACGUUGGCGAAAUCAUGUUUGCGAUUGUGGUUGCGGUUGUGGGUCUGGUUCUUUUCGCUUUGUUGAUCGGAAAUAUGCAGACGUAUCUUCAAUCGACAACGGUUCGAUUAGAGGAAUGGAGAAUCAGGAGAACCGAUACAGAACAAUGGAUGCACCACCGCCAACUGCCGCCAGAACUCCGCCAGUCGGUUCGAAGAUACGAUCAGUAUAAAUGGGUGGCGACUCGCGGGGUGGAUGAAGAAUCUCUUCUCAAAGGACUCCCGUUAGAUCUUCGUCGAGAUAUCAAACGUCAUCUUUGUUAUGAUCUAGUUCGCCGAGUUCCGUUAUUUGAUCAAAUGGACCAACGGAUGCUCGAUGCGAUAUGCGAGAGGCUAAAACCGGCUUUAUGUACACAAGGCACGUGUCUCGUUCGCGAGGGGGACCCGGUGAACGAAAUGUUGUUUAUAGUAAGAGGAAACCUUGAUUCGUACACGACUAACGGUGGUCGAACCGGGUUUUUUAACUCAUGUCGGAUCGGUCCGGGUGACUUUUGUGGUGAAGAGCUUUUGACGUGGGCCCUGGACCCACGUCCAAGUGUCAUCCUUCCGUCAUCCACGCGGACCGUAAAAGCCAUAUCCGAAGUUGAAGCGUUCGCGCUUAUAGCCGAUGAUUUGAAAUUCGUGGCGUCACAAUUCAGAAGGUUGCAUAGUAAGCAGUUACGACAUAAGUUUCGGUUUUAUAGCCACCAAUGGCGGACAUGGGCGGCGUGUUUUGUUCAGGCGGCGUGGCGGAGGUAUAAGAGGAGGAAGAGUGCUCGGGAACUUAAGGCGCGUGAGAGCUUCACGAGUGUUGAUUAUGAGUGUUCACCGAUGCAUGAUGGGAGCAAUAUGGCGUCACCCGACCCUGGUUAUGGUGCGUAUGUUGGUAGGAUGGGUGCGAGCCGAAGGCCCGGUGGGUCGAAACCUGGCGGCGUUGGCACCGGCUCGUUGCAAAAGCCGGCGGAGCCGGAUUUUUCUGUAGAUGAGGAGUGAAUGUUGAAAAAAGUUUGACAAAAGUGUGGCAAAAGUGCAAAGAAAAGAAGUAAAGGGGGGAAAUAUAAAAAUACUAUUCAGGAAACUUGUGAAUAUUUAGACUUAUUAUGUUUUUUUUUUUUACUAUUAUUCUUGGAUUAUACUUUUUCUAAUACUUAAAAAACAUGAAGUAAACGUUUGUUUAUAUCAAAUCAUAAAAUAUCGUUUUGUUA